GAGCAAGUUAGGGACUGUCUUCAUACAUUUCUUUUGCCACCUCUGUCUUUCUCCUUUUAAUGUGAAAUGCUUUCAAGGAUAAAACUGACUUGUAAAUGCUCUUUUCAUUUGUGCUCUGGCCCCUUUAGUGACCUUAGUGUGUCUGUGUUCAGAAAAACAGACAACACACAUUUUGAGGAAGCGGCUUUACCAGAAACAGGAAGCCCAACGCUGCAGUUCGUGUAUCAGAACAAAUUGAGAAACUCUGAGCAGAUAACACGGUGCAAAUUCGUCAAAGAAGACUAUAAACACCCUCCAAAUAACUGCUCAAAUCACAACAUGGAAUCUCUACGAUUUUGCCGUCUGCUCUUCAUGCUGACUUGGAUAUUUGGAUUUUUCUUCCCUUCUGUGUAUUCGGGAAAGGAUGCACCAAAAUUAUUCCUGAACACCACAGUCUUUGUGGCCCUUAAAGGUGAUGAUCUCACUGUUAACUGUACCGUGACGACACCAGCAAACUACAGUCAAGACAAGAUGGAUUGCUACAAUCCUCACAACAGUUUAAUACAUACCUAUGAAAUCCCACAGGCAAUCAAUGAGCAGACACAAAAUUAUGAAGUGAAAUUGAAAAACCUGACCAUCUCAGGAGCAUACUAUUGUCAGUGUCAAGCAGCCACGGUAUUCUGGUAUGUUCAAGUGAGAGAUGGUGGCUACAAGGAGCCCAUAAUGCAUGAGUUCAUCAUAUUGGCUGUCGUCACUGGUUUGCUGCUGGUUUUCAGCAUCAUCGGGUCAGUGUAUGUCUUCAGAGGACAUUGGAAAGAGCAGAUUACCAACUGUGGCGAAACUGUCAGAAAAGGAAAUCAAACCAGAGAACAACAGGAGGUGAGAGAGGUGGAGGAAGACAAUGUAGAUGUGAUAACAGCUCCGUCUACAUCUUUCUAUGCUAGUCUAGAGCCUCGGCCCAGGUCCAUUUAUGAUGUGCUGGACCACUCAGCUGCCAACAGAGAGCCAAACCAAACAGAAACUAAACCCAAGAAGAAUAAGUCCCAAAAAACAACGGAGCAAACCACACAACAGAAUGAAGGCGUAUUUGAGUCUGUCUAUGAGAACUUUUAAAUCAUAACUGAUCUUUCUUCACCAGACUAUGAUAUUUAUAUCAGUAGCUGAGAUCAUUUCUGUUUGCUUGCUGUGUCAUUGUCCCCUGUUACUAGUUGAAAAAUUGUUAAGAUUCUUUGAAAAUAUAAGUAACAACUACAAUGUAAAAAUACUGUACUCAGAGUACUCACUGUGCAGGCAAAAUGGCCUCUAUCAGUAUUACAUUAUAUAUUGUCAUACUUAUUAUGAAUGCAUUAUCAUGUAAGCACCAUUUUAAUUUUGCAGCUUCUUACAGUGGAGGCAACUCUAUUUAUUUUAUUUCUUGUUUGGUUUAAUUUACUGCCUGACAAUGUAUUAUGGCUUUUUAAAAUCAAAAUCUGUGAAAGCAACUAACUACUAACUAAGUAAACUGUACAUAAAAAUGAAAAAAAUACAGUAUUUAUUUCUGAAGUGUAGAGUAGCAUAAGUGAAAUAGCUCAGAAUUGUCCAUGCAGCAUUUGAGUAUAUAAUAUACUUGUUUAAUGUAUACUGGCUGUUUCCGACCAAAAAAUAAAAUAAACCUUUCCUUGUCA